UUGGGACCUUUUCAGGGAACUAAGUUUGAGCUAUGGAGGCAGAGCCAAGGGAAAAGAUAUUCCUGAAAAAGUAGAUCGAUAAACAUGUUUACUUUUAUGUGAGCGUGUGUCGAAGAACUUGAAUGUUUGUGGGAAAAAGGAUGGGGACAGGAAGUCACUGAUUUGGCAAAUAGUAUUACUGGUCCCCCACGUUACAGGCACCGUUUCAGGCAGUAGAUCAAGACCAGUGAACAGAUUAGAAACAGCAGUGAAUGAAUAAAACAGACAAACUUCCUGCCCAAAUUGCUGAGCUCACAUCUUAUUAAGGCAAGCACAAAUUGAACAAAGUAAAUAAAAGCACCAUAUUUUAGGUUAUGGUGAGUGCUGAAGAGAAAAACUGUCAAGCGUGGAAGAAGGGUAUAGUUUGAAUUUUUAGUGUGGCCAGAGAAGGUCUCACAGAAAAGAUGACUUUCUCGGAGGUGACAGAGAUGAGAGAAUUAACCAUGCAGAUAUCUCAGGGGAGUGCAGUCAGGCAUGAGUACCAGCCUUUGCAAAGGCCAUGAAACAGAUGCCUAACAGAACAGCAAGGACGUCUGCAUCACAGAUGAGCGAAGGGAUAAAGCUGGAGAUAAAAUCAAGACGAAAAGGAACAGUCAUAAAGGGUCUUGAGUGCAUCUACCUUUUAUCCUAAAGGAAUCUGGAACCCAUUGGAAGGUUUACUUCAGUGGAGUGAUAUUAUCUGAUUUCCUUUUUUUUGGUACCGAGGAUUGAACUUGGGACUUUGCGCUUGCGAGGCAGGCGGCGGAACCACUGAGCUAAAUCCCUGGCCCAGUCCGAUUUCCUUUUAAAAGUAUCAUUCAUAGAGUGAGAACAGUGGAAUGGAAGAAAGACCAUAGGGAAAAUAGUGAGUUCACAUAGGUAGUAAGAAAUAACCAGUCAUAUUCUUGCUACACUUAAUGUGUAAGAGUAUUUUGGAUGAAAGUUGUUGUUGUUUUCCCUGUAUCCAGAAUUGAACUCAGGACCUUGCAUUUGCCAGGGUUUUCUGCCGUUUCUUGGCCAAAAUGACCACCAGUGAGGCAGUGCUGAAGAGACUGGAGCAGAAGGGUGCAGAGGCAGAUCAAAUUAUUGGAUAUCUUAAACAGCAAGUUGCUCUUCUCAAGGAGAAAGCAAUUUUGCAGGCAACACUGAGAGAAGAGAAAAAACUUCGAGUUGAAAAUGCUAAACUGAAGAAAGAAAUUGAAGAACUGAAACAAGAGCUAAUUCAGGCCGAAAUUCAGAAUGGAGUGAAGCAAAUACCAUGCCCAUUUUACACUCCACUGCAAGCCAAUUCUGUGACCGCUGAGAAUAUGGUACAGUCUGUACCAGGAACUGUAUCUUCUGGUGCCAAAGAACAGAUCAAAAAAGAGGGAGGGGAAGAAAAGAAGGUGAAAGAGAAAACUGAAAAGAAAGGAGAAAAGAAGGAGAAAAAGCAGCUGUCUGCAGCAGGAAGUGCCGACUCUAAGCCGGUAGAUGCUUCCCGUCUGGAUCUUCGAAUUGGCUGUAUCAUAAAUGCCAAAAAGCACCCGGAUGCAGAUUCUUUGUAUGUAGAAGAAAUAGAUGUUGGCGAAACAGCCCCAAAAACAGUUGUCAGUGGCCUGGUGAAUCACAUUCCUCUUGAACAGUUGCAAAAUCGGAUGGUGGUUUUGCUUUGCAACCUGAAGCCUGCGAAGAUGAGGGGAGUCCUGUCUCAGGCAAUGGUGAUGUGUGCUAGCUCACCAGAGAAGGUCGAAAUCCUGGCUCCUCCUGAGGGCUCUGUUCCGGGAGACAGAGUUACUUUUGAUGCUUUCCCUGGAGAGCCUGACAAGGAGCUGAACCCUAAGAAGAAGAUUUGGGAGCAGAUCCAGCCUGACCUGUACACCAGCGACGAGUGUGUGGCCACCUACAGAGGCAUCCCCUUUGAGGUGAAGGGCAAGGGAGUGGUCAGGGCCCAGACCAUGGCCAAGAGCGGGAUCAAGUAAGGUCCAGCACUGCCACUGCCG